UUUUUGCAUUUGAACAUUGAACGAUUAUUCAAUGUCAACGUCUUUGAAGGCACAGUCAUGGCCUCGUGUAGGUAUAAAGCGAUUUCAGGGAUUCUCUGCGAGGGAUGCUCUGAGAAGAAUCACGACAAAUUCUCCAACUCAUGAUCGUCCUACACCUCAAUAUAUGAAUUUUCCAUCUACCAGACUUUGCUAUCACUGGGACACUUUACCACCUACAGAAGCCCAACUCGUCCAUGCAAAUACAUUUUUACUAAAAGCCUUUCAAGCACUUAUGGUCUACUUCACAAUUCUACUCCAUGGCGUUUGGAGAUAGCCCUGAGGUUUGUUUCUUAGGACGAUCAAAUGUAAGCAUAAUCACCCCUCGAUGUUACAAUUGUGUUCGUUGCUUUCAGUUUUUGCAUCAUUCUUCGUGUUCUCCAUGGCUCUUUAGUAUGACUUGAUCAACAAGGAAUAUUGCAAUUGCAAGUAUGUACUGACACUAUCAUAUUUCAGGUUGGCAAGUCAUCUCUUCUCAAUGCUCUGCUUAACAACAAAAAUGCGGCAUACACCAGUUCGAAAGUCGGGCGAACUCGGUGUAUGAAUGCAUUUGCGAUUGGAGGACAUGAAGGGUCUGAAGAUAAUAGUGAUCGGCUAGUGGUACUAGAUAUGCCAGGAUAUGGGCAUGGUGGGAGAUCGGAAUGGGGAAAAGAAAUCAUAAAAUAUCUGGAGAAGAGGAAGCAGCUCAAACGAGCCUUCGUACUAAUUGAUGCCCAGCAUGGAAUCAAGGAACUUGAUAGGGCGAUGUUGCAAAUGUUGCGGUCCGGUAACGUACCCCAUCAGGUGGUACUAUCAAAGGUCGACAAGAUUUUGUUCUCUUCGAGUGCGAAAGGAACCCCCAGCAGUGAUGCGUUGAAGAACAGAAUUAAUGGCCUGGACAACCUCCUUCAAGAAACUAAAGCAAUGAUCGAGGCAGACCCAGAAUCUGAUGAUGCUGAUUCCUUGAUUGGGGAAAUACUAACAUGUACAUCCGAGAAACGUGCUGGGAGAAGAUAUGGCAUUGAUGCCGUCAGAUUUGCAAUGCUGAGAGCUGCGAGCCUUGAAAUCCAAGCAAAGGUCAAGCUAGCCAAGCCUGUUGAUAUUAUUUCCCAUGAAGAAUUGUUUGAGAGACGAAACAUUGCGGAUUGAGGAGGUAUGUGAUGUACAGAUUUUGAACAAGCACAUACCGAGGCAUUGUUGGAAUACUUUCUACCUUCACUGGUGACGGGCGACUCGUGAUUGGUCACGUCCCAAGUGGAUGCUUUGCUAGAACCUUGCUACAGGACUUACAUAUUGAUCAACCUCAUCAUUGCUCUGUACAGGUAUCAACAAGAACAAUGUUUGAUUGGGGAUGGGGCAAAAAGGUGGGAUGGAUCCAAAAAUCACAAAAGAAUUGAUCUUUGAUCAACACAUUUGGUAUCCAGUAACCUUAGGAGAAGAAGGAAUCCAGAAGACACGAAAACAGAAUGAUACCCCAAAUCCCAAACAGAUAUCUAAAUCUUU